AUGAGGACUGUGCUACAGAGAGUCAAAUCAGCAUCCGUCACUGUCGAUGGCCAACUCAUUUCAUCAAUUGGGAAAGGCAUAUUGGUGUUGGCCGCCGUAUCGAAAGAUGAUACAGAAAAGGACGUAGAAUCCAUGGCUUCCAAAAUCUUAAAGACCAAGCUAUGGGACGAUAACUCAACAGACCCUGUCGGGCGUUGGAAGCUCAACGUGAAAGAGAUCGACGGAGAAAUUCUAUGUGUCUCUCAAUUCACAUUGCUUGCUACUACGAAAAAGGGCAAUAAGCCAGACUUCCAUCAGUCUGCGAGUGGAGACAAGGCCAGGACUUUGUAUCAGCAUUUCUUCAACCAGGUGCAGGACCAGUUCGGCCAUGACAAGGUCAAGAAUGGCGUCUUUGCUGCGAUGAUGGAUGUUGCACUUAUCAAUGAUGGGCCGGUGACCAUACAAAUCGAUACGACCCCACCGAAGGCAAUUAGCGACAAUGCUCAAGCUAACGUAGCUGUCAAUACGAAACAUUAG